GACACAGCUCCUUCUACCCUCUCCCACUCUUUGGGAGUCUGAAUCCAGUUAAGUUCAGCACUUGCAGCUUUCUAUCAUUUUGACUGUGGGAUUUACUCAAACACAUGAAAGAUUUAUUUGGAUGUUGGAUCACAUGAUUCCUCAUAAGAAUGAAGACUGUUUUAUUCUUGAUCAUUUAUGCUGCUAUGCUGCCCGGUUUAUCUCCAAUGGCAGUUACCAAUAAGACAGUGUGCCCAAUCCUAAGAAUUCAUGGAUCUGACAAUAGCCAGGGUUAUACAGCCAACCUGGAUAUAUCAGGAUAUGACCUCGCUGAGCAGUUUUCUCUAAGAAAGACAUCCUGUGGAGGUGAAAAGACAUGUUUUAAGCUAGGAAGCACUCCUCUGAUCAAAGACACACUACAAGUAUUUUCCUCUGGGCUUCCUGAAGAAUACUCCAUAACUGCUCUUUUCCGUGUAAGACGUAGUACAAAAAAGGAGCGUUGGAUUUUGUGGAAAACAUUGACCUAUACUGGGAGUCCGCAGGAUAUUAUUCUAAUUGAUGGUGAGAAGAAAGUCGUGGAGUUCACAGCCAAACAUGGUGGAACUACUUUGCAUUACACCUUUAAAAGUCGAGAGCUCCAUCAUCUCUUUGAUCGUCAAUGGCACAAGCUUGGAAUCUGUAUCCAGCACAGUAUCAUUUCACUUUACUUAGACUGCAAGUUAAUUGAGAGAAGGCAGACUUCUAGGAAAGACCAUAUAGACUUUCAGGGGAUAUCAGUGAUCGCAGGACGUGCAUCUGAUGACAAACCUGUUGAUAUUGAACUCCAACGAAUAACAAUUUACUGCAGUCCCAAACAGGCAGCUCAAGAAAACUGCUGUGAGGUAUCUGAUGGAAUGUGUGAUAAGCAAGGAAACCUGCAGUCUUCUGCUUCUUCCUCUGUGACCAAGUUACAUUCUGUUCAAAACACGGAUUCGCAACCUGAAGACAAAUGUUACUGUUUUCCAAAUAAGGGAGAAUCAGGUUUACCGGGACCCACAGGUUUGCCUGGGAUUAAGGGUGACCAAGGUAUUCAGGGUGAGAAAGGAAGCAAAGGUGAAAAUGGUACUCCAGGAGAAAUAGGAGAAAAGGGAGAAAAAGGUUUUGAAGGACUUCCUGGCACAGAUGGUCCCAAGGGAGAACCUGGUCUUGAUGGUAAUAAGGGAGAAAAAGGAGACCAGGGUGAAAAGGGGGAAAAAGGAGAAAAUGGACAUGCUGGUCUUCAAGGGAAAGAUGGUUUGGAUGGUAUUCCUGGCCUUCCAGGUCCAAUUGGCCCCAAGGGAGAAAAGGGUGAAACUGGACCACCGGGACCAGCAGCAUCACCUAUUCAUGCUACUGAAAUAAAAGGAGAAAAAGGCAUUGCUGGUCCUGAAGGCCCACCUGGAAAAGAAGGACAAAGAGGUAGGCGAGGAAAACCAGGACCUCCUGGCAAGAAUGGCUCAACUGGACUUCCUGGGUUACAAGGACCAGUUGGACCCCCUGGACAAAAUGGAGAAAAGGGGGACGUUGGUCCAAGAGGAUUGCCGGGCCUGCCAGGAUUGACUGCAUCUGACACAAUAGGAGUAAAAGGUGACCCUGGAGAACCCGGGGCCAAAGGAGACCAGGGAUUAAAGGGUGAACCAGGACAUCCAGGAUUGCCAGGAUUCGCAGGUGCUCCUGGUAUUCAGGGCCCAGCAGGGGAACCUGGACCUACAGGACCAAAAGGCUCACCAGGAGAAGCAGGAUUAUCUGGAGAACAUGGAAUACCCGGAAAACCAGGCACUAAAGGAGAGAAAGGGGAUUCCGGUGGCCAUGUAGGAUCUCCUGGACCCCCAGGUCCCAAAGGAGAACCAGGACCACCAGGAUUUGGACUACCUGGGGAACCGGGACCAAAUGGGAUACCUGGUGCACUAGGUCCACGGGGUCCUAAGGGUGAAAGAGGUUUGCCAGGGGUACAAGGAACAUCAGGAGAGCCAGGGUUACCUGGAGCAGUUGCAGAAGGUCCCCAGGGUCCAAUAGGACAACCAGGAAUUCCAGGUAUACAGGGUCCACAGGGUCUUCCAGGAUUGCCAGGCCCCCCAGGUGCACAAGGUGUUCCAGGCAGAGAUGGCAGACCAGGACUCCCAGGUCCUCCAGGUGACCCAAUUGCCCUUCCACUUCUUGGUGAUAUAGGAGCUAUUCUUAAGAAUGUGUGUGGCCAUUGUAAUGCUGGUGGUCCAGGCUCUGCGGGCACCAAAGGAGAAGAAUACCUAGCUGGAAUUGCUAGACAAGUAGGUAUUAAGGGUGAUCCAGGUCCUAGAGGCCCUCCAGGGAUCCCUGGCAAAGAAGGGCCAAAGGGUAUCAAAGGUGAACGUGGCUUUCCUGGACUGUCUGGAGAGAAAGGUGACCAGGGUACGUCUGGAAUUCCUGGGAUAACUGGCAUCAUGGGACCUCCUGGACCACCUGGGCAUUUUGGGCGAACUGGACAUCCAGGAGCUCCAGGGGUCAAAGGAGAAAAGGGUGAUGAAGGCCCUCCAGGAAGACCUGGACCCCCCGGACCACCUGGCUCUCCACUCACUGAAGGAAAUGGAAUGAGCAGCCUUUACAUGUACAAGGGCACUGCCUCUGCAGCUGUCACAUCUGGACAACCUGGCCCUCCGGGACCAAAGGGUGAAAAAGGCCCAAUGGGCGAGCCUGGGCCGAUGGGACUGCCAGGACUUGAAGGUCUCCCAGGGGAGAAGGGAGAUCGAGGACAAAUUGGUCCACCGGGAAUCGCUGGAAUACCAGGAAAGAAUGGAGCCCCAGGUCCUGCAGGAAUUCCAGGUGAACCAGGUGAGCGAGGUCCAGUUGGAGAUAUUGGUUUCCCAGGACCUGAAGGACCUCAAGGACCAUCAGGAAGAAACGGAAAUGAUGGAUUACCAGGUUCACCGGGAGCCCCAGGACGACCAGGUGACAGAGGUCCAAAAGGAGAACGUGGUGAUCCAGGCAUACCUGGAGAUCAAGGUCCCAGAGGGAAAUCAGGUUCAGUUGGAGAAAAGGGAGAUAUGGGACCUGCUGGCCCACAUGGAGCACCUGGAGACAGAGGUUACCCCGGUCAAAAUGGCAAAGAUGGCCAUCCUGGACCUCCUGGACCACCAGGAAUAUUGACAGAGAAUAUUUCAUUUGAAGAAAUGAAGAAAUAUAUCAGACAAGAAGUUUUACGAAUAUUUGAAGACAAAAUGAGUGAUUUCCUCUCUCAACUAAAAACACCUGCUGCUUUACUUGCUGCUCACGGAAAACCAGGCCCCCCUGGAAACGAUGGACUUCCAGGACCACCUGGAGAUCCUGGGCCUCCUGGCCCUCAAGGUUUACGAGGACAGAAAGGUGAGAGAGGUGAAUUUGGAAUUGGUCUUCCAGGGAGUCCGGGCCCCACAGGACCUACAGGUGACCCAGGUCCUCCAGGAACUCAAGGAUCCCCUGGAACCCCUGGUAUCAGUGGAAGGUGUAACCCAGGGGACUGUUAUUAUCCAACCGCUCACGGGCGAGCAAGAUUGAAUGGAAGAUAGACUGAUUUUCUUAAAUAUACAUUAACUUGAAUGAGAAACAUUGAAGAUGUGGAAGAAUAUUCAUGAAAACUGUCCACGCAUGGCUGGGUGGUGCAAUGGAAUAUUAUGUGGCCCUGGUACUUAUUAUUUAUUCUGAAUUUAUUGAAAUGGUUUAUAUCAUGGAAUUGCAUUACAUUGAAAAGCUUUAAUCUGAUGGUUGACUGUUUGGUUACGGUCUAGGUGAAUAGCAUUUUUUAUAAGAAGUGCCAAACAUCAUAUCAGCUCUUACAUGAUAUAAGGAUCAGGUUAACAUUCUGUCAGUACACACAUUGUUAAUGUAUAUAUAUUUUUAACUUUACAGAACAGAUAUUUAAAGGGAAUGUGUCACCAGAAAAUAACCUAUUGUUUAAAUCAGGUUUUGUUAAAUAUGUUAAACAUAUUUUGUUAAGAUACUUUGGUGAUGUUUUUCUUCUAAUUUUCUAUUUUACUAUCUAUAUUUUAAAGUAAUUCUGAAAUCUUGCAGUUUGCAUUUUGGCCACUUGGCCUAAUAAUAAGUUGAGACUUCCUGUUUUGUACACAUCACUUUCAAGCAGUGUUCACCUUCUCAACACAGACAGGAUUACAGUGAUCGGUAACUAGAUAACAGAGGUACGCACAAUAACUGUUACUCACAGUUCAACCUCCCACAUUUGUAGAAUUACCUCUGUAAGGGCCACAGUGUAUGCCCAGGCACCUUUCCCCUCAAUGUCAAUUGGACAGCUUAAAUGCAUUGUCACCUAAAGGUUGUUGUAAAGCAUAUCACUAAAUGCUAUAAGAUGGCAAUUCUCAUAAAAAUGUACAAAAACAGAUUAGUUUCUUGCUCUGAUGAGUAAAAAAAAUCUAGGUGAUACAUUCCCUUUAAAGAAAUGUGAAAAACACCAAAGUAAGGUUCCAUGUAUUGUCUUUAGCAGUUUUUUGGGUUUUCCACAUUUUUAACAUUGAUAUAUUUAUUUACCUGAUCCAUAGUAGAUGGGGAAAAGUUACUACUUCUGACUACAAUAAGAACUAGACGUUGAUGUAGAUAUCUCCAAAAUGUAUUCUAAACUUUUUUUUUUAGCACUGAUCAUAUAGUUUCCAUUGUGAUGUUUAGUACAACCAUAUAGUAAAUUAGAAAAAUAAGCAGUUUUAGUGAUGUGUACCAUAUGACAGUCAAAUUUGGGAAAUUACAUACAACUGGGGUCAAGGUAAUGUGGAUCUUACACACUGCUUUUUUUUUAUUGCAAAACACUGGAGCCAUAAGCUGCAAGGUCAGCAACUGCUUGAGAAAAUUCAUACACCACCAAAGUUUUAAUAAAGCGUGCACUGAAUCUGAUCUUGCUGACCUUCCUGGUGUACAUAUAAAUUAUUUAAUGUAAUGUUUUGCUGUUUUUAUACUGUGCACAUAUCUAUUUUCAUAUGAGUAAGAAAAUAUAUUAAUUUUAAGGCAGUGGCCAUGUUACAUUUGUGUAUUUUUACAGUUUAAUACUUACCAAACAU